UCAGAGUCGGUCCUACAUUUUUCGCAUUUUUCUCGGCUCCUGAGCCUCUUAGCUCAGGAGCCGUUCUUUGUGCCUUACCAACAGGCACGUUCACCAUCGUAGUUCAACGCCACCUGCUACCGCACGUUGAAGCGUUGAAGCUGCCCCAGAAGUGUCAGCAAUCUUCUCCUCUAAUCUCUGGUUACUGUACCAGCUAUAUGAGCGUCUGGAGGUUGGCAACAGUCAGUUGAUAUCUCGUAUGUGGCCCGACGCACUAACCAAACUGUGAUUGAUAUUUAAUGCCUUUACUCAAAAAAAUCAAGACAUUAUGUGCGUAACCUAUCCCUGGAGUUCACUGCGUUUCUGAAUACGUUUUUCGAUUCUUCAAUAUCAUGUGCGCUUGACUCGAAAUCUACGGUCAACCGCGAAUUAAUUAUUGCUUUUGGAGAUCACUGGAGUAAUCCGAGUCUGGGUAUUCUGCUUGUCGAGCUCAACCAGAAUCAAAAAUCUGCAACUAUGAGCGAUUCAAGUGAUCUGGAUCGCCAGAUUGAGCAAUUGAAGAAAUGUGAAAUUAUAAAGGAGGCGGAGGUGAAAGCGCUGUGUGCCAAAGCACGAGAGAUCCUGAUUGAAGAGAGUAAUGUGCAGAGAAUUGACUCACCUGUUACUGUCUGCGGAGACAUUCAUGGACAGUUCUACGACCUCAAGGAGCUGUUCAAGGUCGGUGGAGAUGUACCUGAGACAAAUUACCUGUUCAUGGGGGAUUUCGUCGACAGGGGGUUCUACAGUGUCGAGACAUUCUUACUUCUUCUUGCACUGAAGGUGCGUUAUCCAGAUCGAAUUACACUAAUUCGCGGUAACCAUGAGUCCCGGCAAAUCACACAGGUUUAUGGAUUCUAUGACGAGUGUCUGCGGAAGUACGGGAGCGUAACAGUUUGGCGAUACUGCACUGAAAUCUUCGACUAUCUGUCGUUAUCAGCGAUUAUCGAUGGAAAAAUAUUUUGUGUUCACGGAGGACUGUCCCCAAGUAUUCAGACACUUGAUCAGAUUCGAACGAUUGACAGGAAACAAGAGGUACCUCACGAUGGACCAAUGUGUGACCUUCUCUGGUCAGACCCAGAGGAAACUCAAGGCUGGGGUGUGUCACCCAGAGGCGCUGGUUAUCUAUUCGGCAGUGACGUAGUAGCUCAGUUUAAUUCAGCAAACGACAUUGACAUGAUCUGUAGAGCUCAUCAACUAGUGAUGGAAGGCUACAAGUGGCAUUUCAACGAGACUGUACUUACCGUCUGGUCAGCCCCCAAUUACUGCUACAGAUGUGGUAACGUAGCAGCUAUUCUAGAAUUAAAUGAACACCUUCAACGAGACUUCACAAUAUUUGAAGCAGCACCGCAGGAGAGUCGAGGAAUACCUAGUAAAAAGCCACAAGCUGACUACUUUUUAUAAUUAAAUCAUGAAUAAUGUAAUUGUAAUCGACCAAUGGACACUAAGAGGAUAUAAUAUCCGAUUAUCUCUGCCCCGCCCCAUCCUUACAUUAAAGGUUUUUCAAUAUUUUUUCACUAUAAAUCUCGUUUUUUCUUAUCAGGAUCAAUGAUUUCUGUGAGAACGAUUGACGAACGUCGAUUUACUCUUUAAUAUACUCCAUUUACUGUCAACAAUGUAUUUAUGAACAAUUAAUUCUCUGUAAUAAAAGAAACCAUCAUUUGUAGAAUUUUGUUUCUAUCAUUUUUUCAGAUCUGUAGAUACUUUCCCACUUUCUGAUUAACUGAGGAAAUUUAAGUUGUGCAGAUCUAUUGAGCACUGGUCUGGACUUGUCACAGAGUAUCUAGGUACUAAGAUAAAAUUUAGAGGCUAUUUCUAAGUAAUGGAACAACACGUCUAUCUUGCGAGUUUCUAAAAUAAUUUUUUUGUGAAAUGAGUAAAUAAUCAGAUUUCAAUAUUUGAUAUGACAUUCUACUCAUUUCAUAAGGUCUUUAAAAAGUCGCAGGGAGGUAGACGAAAUAUAAAUAAUUCGAUGGUUGAGGCGAUGGAGAAGAUGAUGAAAUUUAGGACGUGAAUUUUACUCUAUUUUUCAAUCUUUACUGUUGUCCUUCUAUUUCAUUGACCAUUUUUGGCAAAAGUAUGAAAUUGAAAAAUUAGUUUAAAGAAGUCCAAUAGAACGGAAAAAUAUUGAAGAGAUGUGAAUAUUAAAUUUUUUCAUACGUGAGGAAAUAGCGUUUUACGGUUAUUCUUAAUUCUUCUGCACCGCUCUGCAUUAAAGUCGAAAUUCAUUGAAAAUCCCUAAAAAAAUAAUAGUGGAAUACACAGCUAAGGUGGCACAUGUCAGAUUUCGCUCCCCCAGAGCCCUAAGGCUUGUUGGGCGCACUCCUGGGUUUCUUAGGUGCAUUGUACCGAAUCAAUAAAAACGCAAUUAUUAUCAAUACCGACAUAAUUCCGAUUCCAGUGCCCAAACGAAUCUCCGUAAAAUCAAUAAUUGAGUUGAGAGCGAUUUCUCGAAGUAUUGACUCCCCGUCGAGGGGCUCACAGGGUGCCUGAACGAUGAUAUCCUCACGUUGCACUUGUUUCGCUUUGCAAUUCACCAGUUUGUUGAGUGCAACUGAUCCAUGAAUUUGUCGGAGAAGCAGGGCCAGUGUCCACUCCAUUGGACUGAGAUUUUGAUACCAGAGGGGGAGGUUCUCGAGGUGAAGGGUGACCCCACCCCCCAGGGUUAUCUCGCCUAUUACCAAUCCGGACAGGAAUGCUGCCAGACCACUCCAUUUACAGAUGUGGGCGAAGAAUGUGCAGAUGAAGUGCUGCAGCAUCAGGUAGAGGAGACCGUAGGAAAGGUACGACCAGAGGGACGUCAGGUUUUCAUCCACUGCGAGGUGUAGACCUGACAUGGCAAAGGCUGGACCAAGGUAGAUUGCGUAGAUGAGACACCAGGAGGGAAAACUGCACAGUAACUGCACAGAAAAAAAAAGUAAGUGAACGUUUCCAUUGUUUCCUCGCGAAUCGUAAUUUUUUUGUGUGCAAUUGGCGCCUUAAGCCAAUACGACCAUUAUAUGGAAUGGGAAAUUACCUCUAUUAUGAUGUAAAUGAACCGACCAUAGAGUCCAUCUUUUAUGUCCCUCUCGACGUUGCGUCUGGCUCUCGUGAUAUCGAAUAUCUGCAAAAGCCCCAGAGGCCAGGAGAGAAUUCCCAAACUAGCGUAGUAAUACCCAACGCGAUCCUUCAGAUAUAAAUUGGUGUCUCCAGCGACGUCCCAAAACACGGCCCCAAGAAUAAUGCUGAGAGAGGCAGCGAUGAGAAUCUUCUGAAGAAGCCUUGUCAAGGCCCAGGGUUGGCUGUAGACUAGUGUCUUCAUGAGGAGGGCAUAAAUUUGUACAAAAAUAUUGGCAUCGUAUACAGCUGGAGGUAGAUUACCCGGAGGGCCUGGGUCUGACAAAGCAGGGAGACGAGCUUUAGCAAGCUCUGCUAAAUGAUCGAUUCGCUGCGAGGAUUCUAACAUGGCUUCUGCUGAGAGGUCAUCCAGAGUCACCAAAUCAACUGAACAAUCAUAGAAAAUGGAAGAAUUAUUUCAUUAGAAAUCCCAUUAAUUGAUUUUUUUUUGAAGAAAUUCAUAAUCAAUUCGUAAAACUUCUACAUAACAUUGGGAAUGGAAUUUUUUUUUAAACGACGAAAAAUAAUUGAGCUUCAACCGAUGUUACAAAAAGUGAACCAUGCAAGGUCACCAAGUCUCAUUUAACAAGUGGUUCAAAUUAUUUAUAAUUAUCGAGCGAUAAACUUUCCUCGUAAAUACUUUGACGACAGACUAAAACAAAAAGUUCUUCAUUUUUUGCUAGUAUAAAUACUGGCGAGUCAAACGAGCGGUUUAUUCCGUCCAUAACGACUUCAACAAGUGCAUCCAAGUGUCUAUUCAUCAGUAUGGAAAGUUGCAAAUUCAAAGUAUUACUGAUAUUGGUGGUAAUAUCAAUUGUGUGCAUCAACGUUGGAGAUUGCCAAGGAAAAAGAUGCGUUCGCCAUGACCAAUGUGCAGACAGCGACUGUGUUGAUACAUAUGGUGAGAUGUAUACGUCCGACCCCAGCAGACAAAUAUUGUGUGAUGGAAGCACCGGUUAUUGUAACUGUGCAGAGGGGUUCCCAAAAGAAUAAAUUGAAGAAAUAGGAAAAAAAAAACUUCCGGAACCUCUCUUUGAUUGCCGAACAGUAUGACCCAGAAUUUUCCUGAAUAAAUUAUAAUGCUAUUAUACUUAA